UCAUUAUCCUGUUCCAAAUGAUUGUGUAAGUACAACAGAGUGGCAUCGUUGUUUGUUUUAUGAAUCUGGUAUAAAUUAUAAUCAUCAUACUGCUGAACAACUAGAGGUGCACACUGCACAUAGCCAUACAUAGUGCCCAGUCGCAUUCGUGUCUACAGGUUAAUGGUCACCAAACAUGGAAACCAGCAAGGUGGCUCCGAGAGGAAUGGUGGUGACGCCCCACCAUCUCGCAACCCAAAGUGCUCUCAAAGUCCUCAGAGACGGAGGCACGGCUAUGGAAGCCAUGGUAUCGGCUGCUGCAACAAUCGCCGUAGUAUAUCCUCACAUGAAUAGCAUCGGAGGAGACGGGUUUUGGCUUAUCGUACCACCUCACGGAGAGCCAGUGGCCAUUGAAGCGUGCGGUGCAGCUGGAAGUUUGGCCACUCCCCAGUUGUAUGCUGGCCUUGAUAAAAUACCUUCCAAAGGCCCCAAGUCUGCUAUCACCGUAGCCGGAACGGUGGGAGGCUGGGAGGAGGCCUUAAGAUACUCACAAGACUGUGGCUAUCCCAGGCAAUCGGUAUCAAAAUUACUAGCUGAUGCUAUUUACUAUGCUGAGAAUGGAUUUCCAAUGUCCAAAUCCCAGACCGACAAGCUAGCAUUACAGACAGAAUUUGAGGGAGACUCUGAAUUCAAGAAAACAUUUGUAUGCAGCAACACUCCACCUGCUGUAGGACAAAGAUUUUGCCAGAAGAAUUUGGCGCGAACUUUACGGGAAUUGGCGAAUAAUGGCUUAAAUAGUUUUUAUAGGGGUCCGUUAGCAGACUCGAUUGCGGCGGACAUGGCCUCACUCGGUAUGCCAAUCACAAAAUCAGACCUCGCAAAUUACACACCCGUCAGGAAGUCCCCCCUGAGAGUGAGUCAUAAGCACGGCCAAAUAUUCAACCUUCCCCCACCCACACAGGGUAUACUUUCGCUGUCAAUUCUGGCAACACUCGAGAAACUUAAUAUUGAUGGACAGCAUGAAGGCGAAUUUAUUCACGCCGUAGUGGAGGCUACGAAACAAGCAUUUGUGUUAAGAGACAAACACAUAACUGACCCUCGUUAUAUGAAAGUGGACCCUAACUUCCUGCUAUCAGGGCGAGCAAUUAGCGAAACGGCGGGUCGUAUAAGUCUCAAUCGAGCUUCGGAGGUCGGGAAGGCUACGGGCCCCGGAGAUACAGUUUGGAUGGGUGUAAUGGACAGCAGAGGGUUUUGUGUGUCGUUCAUUCAAAGCGUGUACCACGAUUUCGGCAGCGGGGUGGUGCUGCCGAAAACUGGAAUUUUAUGGCAGAAUCGCGGUGUUUCUUUUAGUUUAAAACAGGAUCAUAUUAGAGCGUUGAAACCAGGAAAAAAACCAUUCCAUACACUCAAUCCCGCGGCUGCCAGGUUGAGUGACGGUCGUGUUAUGAUUUAUGGUACGAUGGGUGGUGACGGCCAGCCACAAACGCAGGCGGCGAUUUUUCAUCGGUACGUCAUUCAAAGUCUAGAUUUGCAAUCAAGUGUCUCCGCACCUAGAUGGCUUUAUGGAUCUAUUGUUGGUGAUAACACAUGCGAUUUGAAAAUCGAGGACAGGUUCGAUCAGGACACGAUAGAUUAUUUAAAAGACCUAGGUCAUAAUGUCGUAAUGCUUCCUAAGUUUUCUGAUACGGUUGGCCACGCGGGCGCUUUAGUGAGACAUCCAGAUGGUAUGUUAGAGGGAGCUUUUGACCCGAGAAGUGAUGGGAGUGCUGCUGGGUUUUGAUUAAAAAUAAUGGGUUUUUAUUGUGAAAGUUAUUAAAGACAUAAAA